ACACAGGCCAUGCCACUGAAACACUAUCUCCUUCUGCUGGUGGGCUGCCAGGCCUGGGCUGCAAGCUUGGCCUACUAUGGCUGUCCUAGUGAGUGUACCUGUUCCCGGGCCUCCCAGGUCGAGUGCACAGGGGCACAGAUUAUGGCAGUGCCUACCCCUCUGCCCUGGAAUGCCAUGAGCCUGCAGAUCCUUAACACGCACAUCACUGAACUCACGGAGGACCCGUUCCUCAACGUCUCAGCCCUCAUCGCCCUGAGGAUGGAGAAGAAUGAACUGUCAAACAUCAUGCCAGGUGCCUUCCGCAACCUGGGCUCGCUGCGCUACCUCAGCCUUGCCAACAACAGACUACACAUGUUGCCUCUUGAGGCCUUCCAGUACCUAAAAAAUCUUGAAUCCCUCCUUCUGUCCAAUAACCAGCUGGUGCAGAUCCAGCCAGGCCAGUUCUCCCAGUUCAGUAACCUUAAGGAACUCCAAUUGCACGGCAACAAUCUGGCAGCCAUCCCAGAAGGAGCCUUUGACCACCUGGUGGGACUCACUAAGCUGAACCUGGGAAAGAACAGUUUCACCCACCUGUCACCUCGGGUCUUCCAGCACCUGCGCAACCUCCAGGUGCUCGGGCUAGCUGAGAACAGGCUUUCGGACAUUCCCAUGGGCACUUUUGAUGCUCUUGGCAACCUCCAGGAGCUGGCCCUGCAGCACAACCAGAUUGGCACACUCUCCCCUGGCCUGUUCCACAAUAACCGCAACCUCCAGAGACUGUACCUGUCCAACAACCAGAUCAUGGAGCUGCCCCCUGGCAUCUUCAUGCAGAUGCCCCACCUUAACAAGCUCACGCUCUUUGGGAAUUCCCUGAAGGAGCUCUCCCCGGGGAUCUUCGGGCCAAUGUCCAACCUUCGGGAGCUCUGGCUCUACAACAACCACCUCACCUCCCUCCCCGACAACAUCUUCAGCAACCUGCACCAGUUGCAGGUUCUGAUUCUUAGUCACAACCAGCUCAGUUACAUCUCUCCGGGAGCCUUCAAUGGGCUGACGAAUCUCCGAGAGCUGUCCCUCCACUCCAAUGCUCUCAAGGACCUGGAUGAGCAUGUCUUCCGAGGCCUGAUCAACCUGCAGAACAUCUCCCUCCAGAAUAACCACCUCCGACAGCUCCCUGGCAGCAUCUUCGCCAACGUCAACGGCCUCAUGACCAUCCAGCUGCAGAACAACAAUCUAGAGAACUUGCCUUUGGGCAUCUUUGAUCACUUGAUGAACCUGUGUGAGCUCCGUCUCUAUGACAACCCCUGGAGGUGUGACUCAGGUAUCCUUCCACUCCGUAACUGGCUCCUUCUCAACAGAGCCAGGUUGGGGACAGAUGCUCUUCCAGUGUGUUCCAGUCCCAACAACGUCAGGGGGCAGUCCCUCAUCAUCAUCAACAUCAAUGUCCCUGCGCCCAGUGUCCAGGUCCCAGCAAUCCCUGAUGUAUCUAGCUACCCAGAAGUACCACGUUUUGCAGACACAUCGAGUUACCCUGAUACACCAAGUUACCCCGACACCAUAUCCUCUAACACACAGAUCCCCAAUGCCGUAGAAGACUACACUGGUCUGACCACCACCGGAGCCACUGAUGACCGCAAUACAUGGGGCAUGACUGACACGCAGAGUGGGCUGGCCAUUGCUGCCAUUGUGAUUGGCAUCAUUGCUUUGGCCUGUUCCCUAGCUGCCUGCAUCUGCUGCUGCUGCUGCAAAAAGAGGAGCCAGGCAGUCCUGAUGCAGAUGAAGGCUCCCAAUGAGUGUUAG